AAUACAACGUGUGAAGUAAGCAGUCAAAAACACACAGUACUUCCAAUCCUAAUUAGGAAAAACUAACUGCGUCAAAAAAAAAAAAAAAAUCCACAAAAUUAAUUGACGUCAGGUAGAAUCGAUUUUAGCGAAAAAUUGAUUAUUCUUCUUAACUGGAUACCAAACAUCCCCCAAUAUCACUUUUUUUUUUUUGUUUAUUAUUUAUUAUUUUUUGAAACGAAAGAAGCAAAGGCAGACUGAUUUCCUUUCUCCGCCGCCUUAUUUUAUUCCCGCCGCCGCCGCACUCGCCGCACUCUACUGUCUUGCUCGCAAUCGCCGCCACCACUAACUCCGGAAAAUUCCAUUUAGCGUUCAUCCACAAUGGCCAGAUGGGAUGCAAUCCUAUCUCUUCCGGUACAAAAUCCUCCCUCCUUGGAAAUUUCUUCUGAUGAAUUAGUUUGGUCAAAAGUCGAAGGUUGGCAUGAUAAAUUAGAUAGAGUUGCUCUAAUCCCAUAUGCCAGAGUUGAUGAUUUUGUCAGGGGUGAAUCUAAUAAUAAAGAAUGUCCUACAAAAUUUCAUGUUGAAGCAAGGCGUCGACGUUCUCAAUCAACGCCUUUAAAGCAAAAGGUUGAUGGCAUACUAGAGUAUAUUUUGUAUUGGUGUUCCUUUGGUCCUGAUGAUCAUAGAAAAGGUGGAGUUGUACGACCAAGUCGUACUACAUAUGUAUCAAAGAAGAAAAAUGCUGGUCGACCAAAUACCAAGAGAGGUUGCACCUGUCGCUUCAUUGUGAAACGCCUCAUAGCUGAACCUUCGGUUGCCCUGAUUAUAUAUAACAAUGAUAAGCAUGUGGAUAAAACAGGUUUGCCGUGCCACGGACCACAGGAUAAAAAGGCUGCUGGAACACGUGCUGCGUUUGCCCCAUAUAUUUCAGAAGAUCUCCGACUUCGGGUUUUAUCUCUUCUAUAUGUCGGAGUGUCAGUGGAGACCAUUAUGGAGAGGCACAAUGAAUCAGUUAAGAAACAAGGUGGUCCAUGUAACCGCGAUGACCUCUUGACUCACCGUUAUGUUCGACGACAAGAGAGGGCAAUCCGUCGUUCUACAUAUGAGCUAGAUGCUGAUGAUUCUGUUAGUAUCAGCAUGUGGGUUGAAAACCACCAGAGUAAUGUUUUCUUCUAUGAAGAUUUUUCUGAUACAGAUCCAUUCGUUCUAGGCUUUCAAACUGAGUGGCAAUUGCAACAAAUGAUUAGGUUUGGGAACCGUGGUUUGGUUGCAUCUGAUUCAAGAUUUGGUACAAAUAAAUUAAAGUACCCUGUUCAUAGUCUUCUAGUAUUCAACUCAGACAAGAAGGCCAUUCCUGUAGCUUGGAUAAUAACACCGAAGUUUUCCUGUUUGGAUGCACAUCGAUGGAUGAGGGCUCUUUAUAAUAGAGUUCACACAAAAGAUCCUACUUGGAAGCUGGCUGGUUUCGUAGUAGACGAUCCACAGUAUGAUGUCCAAGCAAUCAGGGAAGUCUUUCAGUGCUCAGUAUUAAUAAGUUUCUGGCGGGUUCGACAUUUAUGGCAUAAAAAUAUCACAAAGCGUUUGGAAACUGGUAUGCAAAUAAAGAUAUCAAGACGGCUUGGAUGUAUAAUGGAUAAAAUUUCUCGCAGUCAGGGAACCAUGUCACUCUUUGAAGAUUUUGUGGAGGACUUCAUUGAUGAAUCCAAAUUUAUGGACUAUUUCAAAGCCACUUGGUAUCCUAGAAUGGGAGCAUGGGUUGAUGCACUUAGAACGCUUCCGCUUUCUAGCCAGGAAUCUUGUGCAGCAAUCGAGUUGUACCAUAACCAACUGAAGAUCAGGUUGUUGAAUGAGAAAGACAUCAAUGUUUAUCAGCGUGCUGAUUGGCUGGUUGACAAGCUAGGUACAAAAGUCCAUUCUUAUUUUUGGCUUGAUGAAUGCUCGGAUAAAGAUGAUUUUGCACGAUAUUGGAAAAACGAAUGGAUGAGUGGUUUGACAUCAUGGCGCAAAGCACUGAAGAUUCCAGAUACCAAUGUCUUAAUGGAAGAUGGGUGUGCUAAGGUGGAUGACGAAGAUGAGCAAGAUAAAUCUUAUAUUGUUUCGAACCCUGGUUCAAUGCUGAGCAUCUGUGAUUGUUGUUGGGCAAAAGAUGGCAACCUCUGUGAGCAUAUCUUGAAAGUUCUUAGCAUCUGCCGAAGUAGAGGCUCCGUUCUAUCGUCUAUCAGCUUAUUGCAGUAUCGCCAGGCGCUAAAUACCAUGCUGCAUUGCCCACCUUUUGAUUCUUUAAUUCGCGAUCAUGCCGUGUCGUUGGCAGUUUCAGUUCAGAAACAGUUAAAUACGCUACUCAAUAAAGAAAGUAUCCAGACUGCUGUGGAACCUAAUGAGAAACGGAUUGUUAUAGAUAUCCAUCCGGAGAGCUCCAGGGUAGUUUCAGCUACCCAAGAUCAAGCCUUAGUUUGUGAGAGGAAUGUCGUCAAUGAUAUUUUAUCUCGGAAUGGUGAUGGGCUUGCUGUGUGUGGAACGAGUAAUAUCACUGGUCAGGGUGUGGAUCAUGGCAAUACUAGAAAUGGAAAACCAUUUGAGAUUGCUGGAGAGGAAAGUUUUCAAGCCGACAUGGACGUUGACCCAUCAUCGAUUUGUGUUCCCUCUUCUGGAUUGUACUCUAUUGAUGAGACUGUUGAUGAGGCAUCGUGAAAUGCUUCAGAAUGGUUUCAACGGUGAUUCCGAAGCUAUGUCUUGCAUGAAGGAUGCUGAUAGACACUUGAGCUCCCCUUCAACAUCCAUGGCAGUUGAGCAAGUUGCAAUUGUCAUGAUUGAAAUGCAGGAACAAUUAAAGAGGAUGUUAAUGAACUUUGGAUCAAAUACAUAUAUGAUUAUGAGUGUCAAUAGGGAUUAUUUCCUUUAAAAUAUCCUACUCUCAAUCAUUAUUAUAUGUCUAAUUAAUUCUAAAUAUAAUUUUGGUAUGUUGAGGUUAUUAGAGGCACAUGAAGCUGUUGGUGCACUCGAACAUUAUCAUAACAAUAGUUGAAUUGGAUGUUCCCUUCAGAUUCUUCUUUGUCUACAAAAUGACAAAUGGUAAUGUGAAAUUAAUUAAUUGUAUUCAAUUCUUUUUAUGAAGUAACGAAUUUUUUAGCUGA